AUGAAUCCUCUGCGGGAUACCCGCGGCCUUUUCAUGCUCCUGCUCAAGUACAUCUGGCUCCUUGGCCUCUGGGUCUGGUCCAACCUGUGGUUUCCCCCUCUAAUGGUUCGAUCUAGCCUCUGGCUCACCUACCUAUUGCCAGCUCUCCUAGGCCUGCCAGCUCCGCGUCAACCUUGCGACCAGCUCCAACCCGAGCCUGAGCCUGAGCCUGAGCCUAAGAACGACACAGACGAGGAGCGUCGAAUCCUACUGCGCAAGGGGGAACGGACGGCCCGGUAUGGUCGCUUUCAGGAUGAGGGAGAAGAGCGCCGACGAUGGAUCGCUGACCCAGGUGAGCCUGAUUGUUUCAUUCCCCGAUCUACGUUAACAUUCACCGAUAUUUGGGCUAGAUACAGCAGACUGGUUUCCUACCCCGAGAAUCCCUGUUAUGAGAUCCAGGGGAGCUUUGAGGCACUCGGUUUGCCUCCGGAGUCCCGGCUUGAAAAUGUGUCGCCCUAUCGGUACUUUAACCUAGAAUCUCCGUUUGUACAUUGGAUGGGAUACACGGGACCGGGCAUGGUUCUCUUAGCCGAUAUUGGCCGAGUCCAGGUAGGGGUCGAUGCCACUUGGGAGAGACGUCGUCGUGUCCCGCCGAUCUCCGCCAUUUCUCAGGCCUUUUAUGAGCGAGACUUCCCCAUCCAUACUCUACGGUACGUUUUCGUCGCUUGUGUCAUCAACGAGAACACGCUCGGGUUCCUUAGUAAACAGUUGUAUACUCAGCCUACCCUCAACCUCUCAUGGCCCGACCAAACCCCACGGUCUUGGAUUUACGGUACACCGGAGUAUGAUGGCCUACUAGGCACUCGCAUUGGCAAGCUGGUUGCAUACCUGGUCCUGGGAGCCUUUGCCCGAGGGACUCGUCGUAUUUCCCAAAUUGUCACAAAAUCUAAUCACGGGGGAGAGAGUGCUUGUAUGCGAUUUGAUAUCGAGACUAUUGCAGCUACUGGAAGUGGUUAA